AUGGGUCAAACGCUCAGCGAGCCGAUCACCACAAAAGAAAGCGCUUCGUGUGCGAACAAGGUUUUCUCAGUGGGAAGCAGUUGUAUGCAAGGAUGGAGGACGACGAUGGAGGACGCGCACACGCAUUUGUUAUCCCUACCCGAUGAUCCGAACACUGCCUUCUUUGCUGUUUAUGAUGGACAUGGUGGAGCAAAAGUGUCCCAAUAUGCCGGCAUUCAUCUUCACAAGAACAUCGUGCAACAACAAGAAUAUAAGGACGGUGAUAUUGAGGGAGCGCUGAAGAAAGGCUUCUUGGGAAUGGAUGACAAGAUGAGAGCUGAUGAAGAGAUGAAAGAUGACGGAUCGGGCACAACGGCUGUUGUCGUCCUCGUUCAAAGAGAUACCGUUUAUUGUGGUAAUGUUGGUGAUUCUCGUGCCGUGCUUUCGGAGUGCGGCAAAGCGAUCCCAUUAUCUUAUGAUCAUAAACCCGACAACGAAGAAGAACAGCGGCGAAUCAUUGCCGCUGGUGGAUUUGUCGACUGUAAAAGAGUGAAUGGUAAUUUGGCUCUUUCACGAGCUCUCGGAGAUUUCGGCUUCAAGAACAACCAGAAUCUGCCACCUGAGAAACAACUUGUCACUGCAUUCCCUGAUGUGAUUCGGGAAAAUAUUCAAGAUGAUCAUGAGUUUAUUGUGCUUGCCUGUGAUGGAAUUUGGGAUGUGAUGAGCAAUCAAGAAGUGAUCGAUUUCUGUCGUGAUCGAUUGGCGGCUGGACGGGAGCCACAAAUUAUUUGUGAAGAGCUUUUGACGCGAUGCUUGGCACCGGAUGCGCAAAUGCAAGGAUUAGGAUGUGACAAUAUGACUGUCGUGCUUGUUUGUCUCUUGCGAGGUCUUGAAGAAAAGGACUUUGUGGAGAAAUGCUCUCGACCAUCACGCUAUCAACCCACAAAGAAUCCAGGCUUUCACGAUCAGAACGAGCCACCAGUUGUUGUUCUGGCGAAUGUGCCCAAUCCGCAGAGUCCCUCUCCGAUGGAAACCGAUAGGCCCUCGGCUCAGACGGAGGUUGUGGCUGAGGUGCCGAGCGCAGAUCCAGCUUCGGACACUCUCUCCUCGCCCUCCGACUACCACACCCCACAACCAUCACCACAUCCCACUCAAAUUGAAGAAGACGAAAGGCCACCCACCGAAUUCCAUGCC